CAGGGGGCGCCCCCAGCCCCGGCUCCCCCGGGCCUCCGGCUGCUCCGGGGCAGCGCACCGCUGCCGCCAGGGGGCGCCCAACCCCCCUCCCCCCAGGCCGGGGCGCAGCCACCCCACGGCCGCCAGGGGGCAGCGCUCGGGGGGGCGAUGCGGGGCCAGGACCGCAAGGAGAGCCUGUCCGACUCCCGGGACCUGGACGGAUCCUACGACCAGCUGACCGGCCACCCUCCCGUGCCCAAUAAAAAAGCGCUGAAGCAGCGAUUCCUCAAGCUGCUGCCCUGCUGUGGGCCCCAGGCCGUGCCCUCAGUCAGUGAAAACAGCGUGGAGGAUGAGUUCGAGCUGUCCACAGUGUGCCACCGGCCCGAGGGGCUGGAGCAGCUGCAGGAGCAGACCAAGUUCACACGCAAGGAGCUGCAGGUCCUCUACCGAGGCUUCAAGAACGAGUGCCCGAGCGGUAUCGUCAACGAGGAGAAUUUCAAACAGAUUUAUUCCCAGUUUUUCCCGCAGGGAGAUUCCAGCACCUAUGCCACUUUCCUCUUCAACGCCUUCGACACAAAUCAUGAUGGCUCCGUUAGCUUUGAGGAUUUUGUGGCUGGCCUGUCCGUGAUUCUCAGAGGCACCGUGGAUGACCGACUCAACUGGGCCUUCAAUCUGUAUGACCUCAACAAGGAUGGAUGCAUCACCAAGGAGGAGAUGUUGGACAUCAUGAAGUCCAUCUAUGACAUGAUGGGAAAAUACACAUACCCUGCCAUGAGGGAGGAGGCUCCGCGGGAACACGUGGAGAACUUCUUCCAGAAAAUGGACAGGAACAAGGAUGGCGUGGUGACCAUUGAAGAGUUCAUCGAGUCCUGCCAAAAGGACGAGAACAUCAUGCGAUCCAUGCAGCUCUUUGACAAUGUCAUCUAAGCCGGGCAUGGGUGUGUGCAAGUGGGGUGAGGCAGGGUUUGGGGGGCGGGGGCCUUCCUUCUCAGGCCUCCCCCUCACCAGGCCAAGUUGGACCGAACCUCGUUCCCUUCUCCCCGGUCCCUGGACCAUUUGGUUUCUGCCAGGACUCUGACCCUCCUCUGGCUGCACUGGCCCUGGGAUGAAGAGGGGAGGCAGGACUCCUAUGCAGGUUGGCCCAGGGAGAGGCAUGACAGGGUCAGGAAGUACCUGGGGCAGAGGGGUCAGUCCCCAUUUAGGCGGGUCCCUUUGGGGCCCAGGGCCUGCCAGACAGCUCCUGCCCUCCUCACUGGCUGCUACACAAAAAAAUACUUGGGUGGACAUUGCCCUCAUUUGGGGUGAAUGCCUUCUUGUACUCCUCCAGCCCUUCCCCAUUGCAUUCACCUCCCUUCCCUCCUCCUCUCCCUCCCCCCACCAGCCACUCUGUUCAUCAU